AUGCCCGUCCGACGGCAUCGCUUUGUAAACUUAUCCCAUCAGGCUCUAUCCCUGUCGCCUCUUAAUUUGUGUCCAAACCGCCUCUUCCUUCCCUUCUAUGCUCCAUAUUCCACUUGUCAGCCCUUGCUCUCCCCACCCCCCCACUCACCCAGUCAUGUAAAAAACUCGCUCCAUAUGGCUAUUCAUAUUCGCGAUUUCUCCCAUUUACUUUUCAUCUUGAUAUUUCUUGCCAGAUUUCACCGAAGCCCACUCGCACAUCCACAGGUGUCUAUGCCUUGCCGCAUGACAACACCACAGAACCCUGUCCGACUGGCCCAUGCUCUUGUUGUCCAGCCCCUUUUGACUCCUUCUUCACACGUCCUGACGGUUGGUUACUCUCGACUUGAGCUGGAUCUCGUCUCGAACCUGAAUCCUGCAAGCUUACAUAAGUCCAUUGUACAAAGAUUACCGCAGACGCCUAUGGCUAUCCCAACUAUGCUAUUUUUUGAUAAUGCACUCAGAUUUCCACCGCCAAGCGCAUCUUCUCCGUCCCUUUAUUCCCAUCGGGGCGGUGUACCUUUUCUGAUUCCAGCAGCGCCUGGUCCUGGCUGCAAGCAUCGCUGCCUGAUGGCGGCCAGAAGUCAUGCCCACCGCCAUUUUUUUCUGCAGAAGACUGAGAACUACCGUCCUACGGGCGCUUCUCCAUUAGUUUAUGCCUAUCUACGUUUCCCUUGCCCGACGCAUUUAUCCUAA